UAAGGUUUAUCGCAAAUACAAACCGCAAAGGAUCAUGGGGCUGCAAUCGGAGCAACAGCGCCAUCACACGGCGGUGGGAAAACGUACACACGGCAUGCACGGCAUUGCACGGUGCGGUGUGUACGAUAUUUCUUGGCUGCCCAUUUUUCUGACGUAUUGUGUUCGAUGGGAGGUGAUUAUUGUGCUGUUCUGGGUUGCAAUAAUGACUGUUGUUAUCCACAAAGAUGUCAUCAAAGAGCAUGUAAACACACUCGGAUUCCACUCAUGCAGGCAUAAGAAACUCUUCCCUCUCUGGACUCAACUGACCCAACGGCAGGAUUUCAAAGUAAAAUCAUCGACUACAGUCUGCAGCAACCACUUCAAAUACGGCCAGCCAUAUCCUGAUGAACUUCACCCAUCUUUAUUUUUGAGAGGAUACGACCUUCCUGAGACACUGAAAAGAGCACCGGUGAAGAGUCGAGCAUUGGAUCUCACUACACCACUGCCGGCCAUCUGAGAAAAUCAAAACUUUGCUGUACCUUUUCUUAAGUUUUUAUUUAUUUUGUUCAUUCUUACUCAAGGUUUGUAUGCAAAAUAAACCAAAUUAUAAAUGGCAUUAACCUACAUGUACAUGAACGGUCUUCACUUAUGAUAAUGAUAAUAGAAAUUAUAUCAAUUGUAAAAGGUUUUGCAGGUUCAUAAAAAUAAGAGACAUGUUUUAUUAAAAAUAAUGUAUAUAAAAUUUGGAACAAAGUUGCACACAAUAAGGAUGUAGAAAAUGCAAAUUGAAAUGAUCAAGUCAUGUUUUAUAAAAGUACAUGAACAUUGUUUAAAAAUGCAAUUAUGACCUGCGUCUCUUGACGAGAAUUGAAUGAAUAGUAAAAAAAACCCUGGAAAAUUGAAAAUAAAACUGGCAAAUGCAAGCCUACUCGAGUGUCAUAACAAGAGUUGUAUGAACAGUUGUCAAAUAUCAAGGAAUGCGCCUACGUCCCUCAAAUAAAAAAAGCCGAGUCUCAAAACAACAGUUGGAAUAAAUAGGUGAAAGUAAUUGGCAAAUAUGAGCCGUGUUUCUUAAUUAAAAAGCUGGCAAUAUUUGAGCAGA